GGGAGAUGCUCGCAGGCAGAGAUCAAGGCUGGAAUACUUUUCUUGUCACACCCACCAACCUUGGCCCUGGGACGAUGACGUAGAUACUACAGAAGACAUGGCCAAUCUCCCGGUUGGAACCAAUAUGACUGAAUAUCUUCACCAGGCGACCAAAUGAACAAGUGACCUGAACCCUUUGUUCUGAGUCUCGGGGACAAUCGCCUCUACUCCCUGGCAUUCACCAUCAUGAAUGGGCAGGUUCUGGAUCAGAAGACAUUAUGUUUCGUUGUUGUUGUUUUACAAAGAAUAAACUUGAAAAUGUAUACCUGGUAGGGGUUGGGGGAGUAGAGGGUAAAGUUGUUACUUUUCUUCAGCCCUAUUCCUCACCUUAAAUUGGUAGGGCUGCUGUGAUUUUCAAAUGAUGGAUUGUGCUUCUAAAAUGUUUGCUUAUUUGUGUGUUCCUUAUUUGUUGUUUAUCUUUUGCAUGACUUCAUUUUGUAGCUGAAAUUAAUAGCUGAGAAUAAAGAUGUUGUAUUCUAUCUACAAUUUGUCAUGACUAGCCCUAUGUCAUUUUAAGAAUUAUUGUUAGAAGUAUUCAUACUUUUAGAAAAUGAGCUGAUUCUGUAAUAGAGAUAAGGUAGAAAAAGAACCUAGAAAUAAAGUAAGAAAUAACCCACUGCUGGGUCAAAAUAUUUUUGGGGGCUAAAUCAAGUAACCCCAACGUGUUGGGUCAUUCACAUAACCCAACAGUGCUGGGUCAAAAUAACCCAGUGCUAUAGUGACCCAGUGCUGGGUUACAGCAUUUUUUUUUUUAGAGCGCAUGAUUUUCACAACUUCACAGUAUUAUUUCAACCUCAUAGUGUGAAAAUAUAUGUGAAACACAGAAUCACGUUUUUGACUCCACUGGGCCUUUAAUAAACAACCUCAAAGUUCAUGGAAAUGUGUCCUUUUCUGUCCAAAUUCAAGUGAGCUAGUAACCACUCGUACAUMUUUGCCUCCGUUUGAAAUAGACCUACAAGUCGUGCAAGUCUGAGAAUAAUGAUUUGUCAUGUCUCGUGGUGAAAUUGUAUAAAUAAAGAGGCUGGAUUGCCCCUUUGAUUCUAAAGCAGCACAGCCAACACACAGAAAUAACAACACGCGCCAUGAGGGGCCCUGCUUCGUUUUGGCACUAGGCCCUAGUUGCUAAACCUGGUAGACUACUGUUUGUAGAUGUACUUGUAUUACCUUAGUAAUUGUAAUAUCAAACGUGUUGGCCACAUAAAUAUUCGAGUAGAAAAAUACUACACCUUAUUGAUAGGCAUUUUCAUAGGACUUCGGCAGGAAAAACUAUGCGCAUCUUUUGAUAUUGUGGUGUUGACUCAAAAUAUGGAAACACAAUAAUGUAGCAACAUGUUAAACCCUUUUUUUGACUCGUGGCUCUUAUAUUUUAACCUCAAAACAAGAUGCGAAUAGGCAUGCAAAAAAUAUGAAUUGAAAAAAUAAAUGUUCUGGUUUUUUGGACUAUCAAUCUCAGAAAAUGUGAACUACUGUCCUUGCUGGAAAACAAGAUUAUCAUUAUGUAACGACUUACACGCUAGAACGUUAUUGUCAUGGGGAAACUAUAACAAAAUAUAUUUUUGCAAGGGUUUAAAAAAAUUCUUAGUCAAUGCUUCAAUUAGUAAGAAAUGUAAAAACGCACACAGAAAUGUCUGCUUAAUUUGUUAAUGACAUGGAAUUAUCUACAUUGAAUUACACUCGAUAUUUGUCAGAAAAUUGGGAAUAAUUGUAUCUUCAAUAACAACUUACACGAGGCGUAGGCCCGUGUAUAUUUUUCUCCCUCAAGUUGAAGUCACGCCUGCAUUGAUAUGAAUGAAAUAGCCUAAUACCCACCAGUUGGAAUGGGGAAAAAGGACCCGAACUAUAAUAGCCUAGUCCUUCUUAUAAUUUUGAACGUAAAGAGAAAGGUAUGUUUUCCACCAACCAUUCUGUAUAGGCCCAUGAUCAAUUGUAGACGCAUCUUAGAAACCCUAUUCAAUUUAAUCUUCUAACUUUUGGUGAUUGUUUUUUGUAACUAGGUCUAAUAUAUAUAUAUAUCCUGAAACGAUCUGCUCACAUCAACACUGGUUGAACUUAAAAACAAAACACUGAGUAGUAGCCUACAGGCCUUUAUACAGUAAAACARAUCAAAUAAACUAUAUGCUGUGUUACUAGAAUAUACAUAGAAUGCGUAAAACGCUCUUGAAAAACAAAUAAUUGAAGUAAAACACACUUUGGCAUACUCAAACUGGUUAACCUUUUAAAUAGAUUUUAGUCAAGCCAAUGUUCUUAUGCAACUGCGGGUGCCACAACAGCUACAGUGAUUUGACAGAGGCCUGUCGGUUGGUCUAAUAGUCUAAGGUUUAUCUCUUAUGAAAAACAGUUUGCCAAACAAACGUAGGCCUAACCGAGAGUGGUGCUGAUAUACUCUAUGCGACCAUUGGUUUAUUCCUGAAUCUAUUGACGAAUACCUAGAAGUGGCAUCUAGCGAGUUCCAAUAAAUAAUCAUAUUCAGCGAACUAUUUUCUCUGUCUUGUUUUAAUGUUAGCCUGUCUUAACAAUUUUUUUUUUUUUAACUAGAUUUCAUUUCGGUUUUACCCAAGUAAGUGAUUGUAAAAUAUUUAUCUACCCCUUUGUUCACUCCUCCCAUGGCUGUCUUUACACAAAGCUCUCCGCUAGAGAGCGCCCUUGCACCGUCUAAAAGCCCCCUUGCUUACCAACUUGACCACGGUGACGUCACCCCAGCCUGGCGCCUCAAGGCCACUUCCACACCGCUAUUGGUCUGAAAAUCACAUGACAUGGAGCUCCAAGAAUCCAUAAUUAUGUUGCUGAUAUUUUUGGCCCCCAAAAUAUGUCAGCUUCCAACUGUCCUUAUUCUCAUCCAGAAAACCUUUACUACAGGAACAGAAACGGGGGGGAAAAACAACAAUACAAAUAAUGUCAUGCCAGGAUAAUAUGGCUGCCGGUCAUUUCCUCAUGGAUUCUUUGAUGGGAGGAUCAUCUUCCUAUAGAUGCGAAGGCUACUCCAACAGCAACCCUGGAAUGUACAUCCACCCGGCUGCAUCCGAGUAUGGAUGCUCAAUGAUGAGACAUUUUGGAGUAGUUGGAUCGAAAAAAGACGAGGUUCCUCUGAGCAGCCACCCUCUCGGCUCCUACCAAGAUGCGCCUUACCUGUCAUCCCAACUGGGCACAUGGACCUCGGCUUCCAAAACUAACAGGGACGAGCAACCUGUUGCCCAGUCCAGUUUACAACCGUGUUCGUUUCCAACCGAUAACGUCAAAGAGGAGGCGUUCUGUUGUCUGUAUCAGGGUGACAGUAGCAGCAGGGCUAAUAAGGACACUACAGAGUCGGCUACUUACAUCCGGCUUGGGAACAAUAGUAGCAGCCAGACCGACCAAAUCGCUGUCUCGGCGGCGUCCGAAUGUUAUGGAGGAGAGAAACAGGUAUACCCCAGAGGGAGCAGGGGACAGCGAAAAGAGCAGGUCGGGGCAGGCUUUGCUUCUUUGGACCAGGUGACGACAUCUGUUGAAUCACCCAGAGAAUCAACGGUUAAAAUGAGCAAAUCUACCCAGGAGACAGUCAGCGAGGAAAUGCGCAACGAAGAGGACAAACAGGGAAAGAGCAUGAAAGAGGAAAGUGCAAAGACUGACAGUUGUUCUGAUAACUCCGACAGCGAAUUGAAAGAUGAUUUUACARUGGAAAAUGCUCCAGGAAACUGGUUAAAAGCCAAAAGUGGACGYAAGAAGAGAUGCCCGUACACAAAGCAUCAGACGCUCGAGCUGGAAAAGGAAUUCUUAUAUAACAUGUACCUGUCUCGCGAGCGCCGCCUGGAGAUCAGUAAGAGUAUCGAUCUGACCGAUAGACAGGUCAAGAUCUGGUUCCAGAACCGAAGGAUGAAACUCAAGAAACUCAAUAAGGAAUGUCGUGGACGGGAUCAUAUGGCAGUCCACAACUUCACUUAAAAUUAUAUUAUCUAUAAAACCAUUCCAUAUACACCCAAACACACACACACACACACACACAUACACACACACACACACAAAGUGUGCCUUCAUACAAGGACAAUAUUUCAACGAUGCCCAAGAGUACAUUACUUUAUCAAGGAGGGACUUGGUUUCGGGUCAGCAGUUGAAUUUGCCUUUCAACACAUGAACAUUGAAUAGAGGUGCCGGUUGCCCUGCCAUAUGAAGCAACAUAGAACUGCUGGAACUGCUGGAAUGAAAGCAGACUUUGUUUGUUUUGGAAUGUUCCCUCAUUCCGUUGCUUCAUCUUGUUGUCUUUAGUUUAGUUGCUUUUGCUAUGUAGGCUAUGAUAGGCUAUUCUCACUGUUUGCAUGCACAUUGUUGCUUGCGUCAUAUAAGACCCGUUGACGAUUCCUAAAGGAAAACCGGUCCAAUAGAAUAAAGGAGGGGAUUUGAAAUGAAAUAUAUAACAUAUAGCUUGUCCUUCCCCUUAUUAUCAUGUUAGCACUCUGAUAAAGGAAAAGACAGAGGGAGAGAGAGAGGCUGCAUAUGAGAGUGGGAAGAUCAUGGCCGUUUUAAUAGAAGAGAUUGGUUUAAAUGUUAUCCAGGUGACCACAGUAAGUCAAGGUCAUAAAAUUAUUAUGUCAGGACCGUCUCGUGGUAGAAGCAUGAGCUCGGGGUGGAUUUUAUGAUCUGCAAAUAUAAUGUGCUAGCUGGCUGCUGCAGUAAAGAUGCAUCGUUUAAACGUGUGUGGAGGAGAGGGCUAGGCUAGUCUACACAGUGGAGAGUGUCUGCUAUGUACUGGAUUCACCAACGCGCUCGACGGGCUCGCUCUGCUAUGUAGCCUGCCGCCUACUUAUUUGACGAUACAGGACUGUUAUCUCGUCAAGAAACGAAAGGGAUGGAUGAUAAACAACAAUAACAGAAACCUCAAAGACAGCUUGAAUAAAUAAGGACCACCACGACAGAGUGUCUCCGGGGAAAUUCAAGGUAGGACACAAAUAGGUACGUAUUAUUAACUCAGCUGUGAUUUUUGAGAUGUCACGCCUGUCUGCCGGUUGGUCUGCCAGUGGAGCUUGUUUGACAGCGCUCUCGAGCAUGCGAGAUGGGAUGGGUUGUCUGAUUAAACCAAUUGAUUUUACGUUCUUCUUUUGGGAACAUUUUGAGCAUUUUGAACCAGACAUUGGUUUUGUUAUUGCUGUGUUGAUAUCGAUUAUGUAUAGUAUGUCUAAAUAGUUUCCCCUUUAUUAGUUGGGCAUUUUCAGACACGAUUUGUUAUUAUUCUGCGGUUUAACAGUAAGCUAUUUCAAUGUCCUAAUUUGCUGUCGAUUCUCAAUGUUGUACACAAUUAGCCUAUUUAGGAUGACAGUGACAAUGAUAUAAUACAUUCGGAUGAACGAUUCCUAUUUGUUUCAUUAUGCUGGUAAUAGCUAUGUUAUGGUUGACAGACAAUAAAAUCCUUACCUGGC